AUGCUUAAUCAAGGCCAUAGGGCUGCUAUGGCACUGUUUCUAGCAACCACAGAUGCUACCAUUGUCUCGACUAGUUUGCCAACCAUUGCUAGUGACUUGGCAGCAUCUCAGAGCCAAUAUACGUGGGUUGGCGUAGCCUAUAUGUUGACGCAGACAGCGUUUCAGCCGCUUUACGGAAAACUGUCGGAUUUAAUGGGACGUAAGAACAUCUUAUAUGGAAGCAUGUUGAUUUUCUCCAUCGGUUCAUUACUUUGCGGUGCAGCACACUCUAUUGAAGGCCUUAUUUUAGCCAGAGCCUUGGCUGGGAUUGGGGGCGGCGGAAUUGUCAGUUCAGUAUGGGUACUAACUUCAGAAAUUGUAGAACCAAGAAGUAGGGCCAAAUGGUCGCUGGCGCUCAGCGUGACCUGGAGUUGCUCAGCUAUUGCUGGCCCGCUUUUGGGUGGCUUAUUCACUGGUGCUUCUACCACAUUUAAUUGGAGAUGGGCCUUCUACUUGAAUCUUCCCGUUUGCUUUGUUGCUCUGGUUCUUAUCACAUCGUCACUUCGGAACAUCCGCUUCGGACGCGCUAAAUGUGCAUCGUGGCAUGCCUUGGCCCAGCGCUUUGAUUUCGUUGGGUUGUUGCUUUUUAUGGCUGGCACGGGGUGUCUCACAGUUGGCUUUAGUUUUGCCAUGGACGUCGGUUGGAAUUCACCUUCUACUCUGUCCUUCGUCAUAUCAGGACCCCUUGUCCUCGUCCUCGGUGGAUUUUAUGAGGUCCAUACCAAACGAGACGCUUUGUUCCCGCCCUCAGCUUUCAAGGAUCUUACAGUUGUGAUUAUCUUGGUCAUCACUUUUUUGCAUAACUUUGCAUUCAACGCUGGGACUUUUUACCUUGCUUUAUACUUUCAGGCCGUUUAUGGUUUAACACCGCUGGAUGCUGGCAUUCAGAUGUUGCCAUAUUCUCUUGGAUCCUCACUUGCCUCUAUGCCUGCCGCCUGGCUCAUUGGACAUCUUCAGAAGAAGACCGGUGAUACUAAUGGGCAAAAAUGGAUCAUCACCAUGGGACUCUUCAUUUCUUCCGUUGGAUUUGGUCUCCUCACCCUACUGGACGACAUGACCACGCCUGCUUUACAAAUCAUUCUUCCAUUGACAGCCGGUAUUGGAAUAGGAAUGCUGUUCCAUGCACCAUACCAAGUAUUUGCGAGAGCGCUAGAUCCCGCUACUUUGGCUACGGGCACGAGUGCCUUUUUCUUGGUACGGUUUACGGGUGCCACAAUUGGUCUGGCGGUAGCAGGUUUAGUCUAUAAUGAAACUCUCAUGCGUGGCAUGCCAGCGACCUACUGGAUCGAGUCAUCUCCCUCCAUUGAUUGGAGCUCAUUACAGUUUAUCGAACCGACAUCCCUUAGAUCAGAAGUACUGCACGCUGUAGCCGUUGCGAUCAAGAUGAUCUGGGUUGUCUGCACCCCACUUCUAGGCUUAGCAUUCCUGAUAUCCCUGUUUACGAAGCGGUUCUCGAUAGAAGAUGCGGACUGCAACUCACAAGAAAAGCAGUGCGCGAAAUCUCCAUGUUCAGUCUCGGGAUCUGAAGUGUAG